CCAGUUGAGCCAUGUAUAGCUUUUUUCAAUCGAACAGCACGUGGAAAAACAAAAAGUUUGCGGAAAAUGUCGGCAAAAAUAAGUGAAAUUGUGGCGCUUGAUGCAGGCGAAGGCAAUCCGGUGAUUGUUCGAGGUCAUGUUCCACAACCGACCAACGAGUGCCACGCAGUGCGUGCGAAAGAUCUGGCGAAAGAAGGAGCGGAGAUGAUUUUGGUGGGCUGCAAUUCGAAUCUGUACCGCGGCUACGUACAGCCGGAAUCUCGGGUGGCCGUGGAACAGCAGCAGCACACGUAUAUUGCGCUGCACAAUCGGGUUACGGGCAAAAUGCGCAUGGUAGAAGUGGAGAGCUGCCCGCAGCUGACCAACGUUUGCCACGAUGAACGGCCAACGACGGAGCAAACGUUCGAUGUGGACAACGUGCGCAAAUUACUGCAGAAAUAUAACACUAAAACGAGUCAGCGGUUGCAUCGGCGCAUACAGCGAGAGAAGGUCGACUUUAGCGUGAUGGAGGACCGCCUUCAGCAGACGAUGAGCGAAUGCGCUCCGACGCCGGUGGCCGCUUCGAGUGAGACUGCUCAACAGCCUGCCGAAACGCUCGUGCAGGACGAAAUUCGUGUGAAGAUGAAUCCACAGUCGCGAUCAUUGCGAGACCUCUUUGUGGCCGAAGACUUGAUCGGAUCACGUUUGCUGAAAAGUUUGGACGAGACGGCCAAGCGGGUGGUGCAAACGCCACCCGAUGAGCUCGCGAUGGCAAGCGUGUAUCUGGAGAAUCGCGUCAAAGCGGUCAUGCAAUCGAAGGAACCCACUUCCGAGUCGAACCUUCGCACGGUCAAGAUUUGUCUCUACAUGGACGUGCUCGUACGGCUUCUUACGAAACAAAAGAAUCGAAAGCCGGUGAAGGUCGGUAACCGGUCGGACAGCAUGUCCCCUUUCACGCCACUGUUCGAUGCACCUAUUCGCCGGGAGUUUAUGCAGUUUUGCAGUGGCCAAAGUCUGGGCAAGGAUAGGGCAACGAAGUACACACGCGACAAGGCGCUUCUCACCUAUCUGGCGCUGGCGUUCGUGCUCGAGGAAAGCGAUGAAGUGCAGGUAUCGGUGAUCCAUCGAUCACUGCAGGUUUCGAAAGAGGAAGUGAUCACGUUCGGACGGGCGAUCGGAGCAACGUACAACAAUCGGCUUGAUACGUUCGUUAAGGACUGGAAGAUGAAGACGACCCAGGAAUCGAAUGAUCCGCUGCUGGCAAAUAUGCAAGCAGUGGCCGACGGACAGCGUUCCAAGGGAAAACGAUCGUAUGGUAAAAGAUGAAGCACCAUGGCCUUCUUUGUCGGUUGUAGAGGUACGCGAAUAAAAUCACAUUUAUCCGUAAAGGUCCGAUUAACAAACGAUUCUUCC